AUGUUCGGAGGACCACCACCACAACUCAGCGCCGCAGAGAUCAGGGCCCAGGAGGACGAGGCAAACCUCACGAUGCAGAAGGUUAUUGUCGGAGCGGUACUGCUGUACUUGUCUCCAUUCGCGAUCGAUGUCGUCAAGAAGCUUGUGUAA